CGCCGCCCCCCGCCCCCCGCCGCGCGCCCGCCUCCGCCUCCGCCUCCCGGUCAUCUUUGUCUGGCGGCCUCGCGCUCCGGGCUCCACUCUCGGCGGCGCUGCGGCCCCUACUCCGGGCCGCUCGUGCAGGCGCGCGGCGGGGCGCGGGGCCGGGGCCUGAGGCGCGGGCGACGCCCGGGGGCCUGCCGGCCGCCCCGGCCAUGGAGUAAGCGCCGCCGCCCGCCCGCCGCCGCCCGCGCUCGCCCCGCCCGCCGCCCCCGGCCUCGCCCGCGGGCCCGCGCCGCCCGCCGGGCCUCCGACUCCCGGGAACACACCGGAGACCUAUUGAUUGUGGCUGGUUCUGGGGUGGCAGAAAGGGAAAAUGGCGAACGACUCCCCUGCAAAAAGUCUGGUGGACAUCGACCUGUCCUCCCUGCGGGAUCCGGCUGGGAUUUUCGAGCUGGUGGAAGUGGUGGGAAAUGGCACCUACGGACAAGUCUAUAAGGGUCGACAUGUUAAAACAGGUCAGCUGGCAGCCAUCAAAGUUAUGGAUGUUACCGAGGAUGAAGAGGAGGAAAUCAAACUGGAGAUAAAUAUGCUGAAGAAAUAUUCUCAUCAUAGAAAUAUUGCAACGUAUUACGGUGCUUUCAUUAAAAAGAGCCCCCCAGGACACGAUGACCAGCUCUGGCUCGUUAUGGAGUUCUGCGGGGCCGGCUCCAUCACAGACCUCGUGAAGAACACCAAGGGCAACACACUCAAGGAAGACUGGAUAGCCUACAUCUCCAGGGAGAUCCUGAGGGGGCUGGCGCAUCUCCACAUCCAUCAUGUGAUUCACCGGGACAUCAAGGGCCAGAAUGUAUUGCUGACUGAGAAUGCAGAGGUGAAGCUUGUGGAUUUUGGUGUGAGUGCUCAGCUGGACAGGACCGUGGGGAGGAGAAACACCUUCAUAGGCACGCCAUACUGGAUGGCUCCUGAGGUCAUCGCCUGUGAUGAGAACCCCGACGCCACCUAUGAUUACAGGAGUGACCUGUGGUCCUGCGGCAUCACAGCCAUUGAGAUGGCAGAAGGAGCUCCCCCUCUCUGUGACAUGCACCCCAUGAGGGCACUGUUUCUCAUCCCCAGGAACCCUCCUCCCCGGCUGAAGUCCAAAAAAUGGUCAAAGAAAUUUUUUAGUUUUAUAGAAGGGUGCCUGGUGAAGAAUUACAUGCAGCGGCCCUCCACAGAGCAGCUUUUGAAACAUCCUUUUAUAAGGGAUCAGCCAAAUGAAAGGCAGGUUAGAAUCCAGCUUAAGGACCAUAUAGACCGGACCAGAAAGAAGAGAGGAGAGAAAGAUGAAACCGAGUACGAGUACAGUGGGAGUGAGGAAGAGGAGGAGGAGGUGCCUGAGCAGGAGGGGGAGCCCAGUUCCAUCGUCAACGUGCCUGGUGAGUCCACGCUUCGUCGGGACUUCCUGAGGCUGCAGCAGGAGAACAAGGAACGUUCUGAGGCUUUGAGGAGGCAGCAACUCCUGCAGGAGCAGCAGCUCCGGGAGCAGGAAGAGUAUAAGAGGCAGCUGCUGGCGGAGAGGCAGAAACGGAUCGAGCAGCAGAAGGAACAGAGGCGGCGGCUGGAAGAGCAACAAAGAAGAGAGCGGGAAGCCAGAAGGCAGCAGGAGCGUGAGCAGCGGAGGCGGGAGCAAGAGGAGAAGAGGCGGCUGGAGGAGUUGGAGAGGCGGCGCAAGGAAGAGGAGGAGCGGAGGCGGGCGGAGGAGGAGAAGAGGAGAGUUGAAAGGGAGCAGGAGUAUAUCAGGAGGCAGCUGGAAGAGGAGCAGCGGCACCUGGAACUCCUUCAGCAGCAGCUGCUCCAGGAGCAGGCCAUGCUACUGGAGUGCCGCUGGCGGGAGCUGGAGGAGCACCGGCAGGCGGAGCGGCUCCAGAGGCAGCUGCAGCAAGAACAAGCCUAUCUCCUGUCUCUACAGCACGACCCCCGGAGGCCACCCCCGCCGCCGGAUAGGAGCAAGGCCGGCCUGCACGGUGCCGAGCCCAAGGCCCAGCACGAGCCAGCUGACCGGGCCCGCGAGGUGGAAGAUAGAUUUAGGAAAACUAACCACAGCUCCCCUGAAGCCCAGUCUAAGCAGACAGGCAGAGUAUUGGAGCCACCAGUGCCUUCCAGAUCAGAGUCUUUUUCCAAUGGCAACUCCGAGUCUGUGCACCCUGCCCUGCAGAGACCAGCCGAGCCACAGGUACAGUGGUCCCACCUGGCAUCUCUCAAGAACAAUGUUUCCCCUGUCUCGCGAUCCCAUUCCUUCAGUGACCCUUCUCCUCCCAAAUUUGCACACCAUCAUCUUCGCUCUCAGGACCCAUGUCCACCUUCCCGCAGUGAGGUGCUAAGUCAGAGUUCUGACUCUAAGUCGGAGGUACCUGACCCCGCCCAAAAGGCUUGGUCUAGAUCAGACAGUGACGAGGUGCCUCCAAGGGUUCCUGUGAGAACGACGUCCCGGUCCCCAGUCCUGUCCCGUCGGGAUUCCCCACUGCAGGGCAGUGGGCAGCAAAAUAGCCAAGCAGGUCAGAGAAACUCCACCAGUAUUGAACCCAGGCUGCUGUGGGAGAGAGUGGAGAAGCUGGUGCCCAGGCCUGGCAGUGGCAGCUCCUCUGGGUCCAGCAACUCAGGAUCCCAGCCUGGGUCCCACCCUGGGUCUCAGAGCGGCUCUGGGGAACGCUUCAGAGUGAGAUCAUCAUCCAAAUCUGAGGGCUCACCAUCUCAGCGCCUUGAAAAUGCAGCAAAAAAGCCUGAAGAUAAAAAGGAAGUUUUUAGACCUCUCAAGCCUGCUGACCUGACGGCACUGGCCAAAGAGCUUCGAGCAGUGGAAGACGUGCGGCCGCCACACAAGGUGACAGACUACUCCUCCUCCAGCGAGGAGUCGGGGACGACGGACGAGGAAGACGACGACGUGGAGCAGGAAGGGGCCGAGGAGCCCACCUCGGGGCCGGAGGACACCAGAGCCGCGUCAUCUCUGAACUUGAGCAAUGGUGAAACAGAAUCCGUGAAAACCAUGAUUGUCCAUGAUGAUGUGGAGAGUGAGCCAGCCAUGACCCCAUCCAAGGAGGGCACUCUGAUCGUCCGCCAGAGUGCAAUUGACCAAAAGCGCGCCAGCCAUCAUGAGAGCAAUGGCUUUGCCGGUCGCAUUCACCUCUUGCCAGAUCUCUUACAGCAAAGCCAUUCCUCCUCCACUUCCUCCACCUCCUCCUCCCCAUCCUCCAGCCAGCCGACACCCACCAUGUCCCCACAGACACCCCAGGACAAGCUCACUACUAAUGAGACUCAGUCCGCUAGUAGCACACUCCAGAAACACAAAUCUUCCUCCUCCUUUACACCUUUUAUAGACCCCAGAUUACUACAGAUUUCUCCAUCUAGUGGGACAACAGUGACUUCUGUGGUGGGAUUUUCCUGUGAUGGAAUGAGACCGGAGGCCAUAAGGCAAGAUCCUACCCGGAAGGGCUCAGUGGUCAAUGUGAAUCCCACUAACACUAGGCCACAGAGUGACACCCCAGAGAUUCGUAAAUACAAGAAGAGGUUUAACUCCGAGAUCCUGUGUGCUGCCUUGUGGGGAGUGAACUUGUUGGUGGGUACAGAGAGUGGCCUGAUGCUGCUGGACAGAAGUGGCCAAGGGAAGGUGUAUCCUCUGAUCAACAGAAGACGAUUUCAGCAGAUGGAUGUCCUGGAAGGCUUGAAUGUCUUGGUAACAAUAUCUGGCAAAAAGGAUAAGUUACGUGUCUACUAUUUGUCCUGGUUAAGAAAUAAAAUACUUCACAACGAUCCAGAAGUUGAGAAGAAGCAGGGUUGGACAACCGUGGGGGAUUUGGAAGGAUGUGUACACUAUAAAGUUGUAAAAUAUGAAAGAAUCAAAUUUCUGGUCAUUGCUUUGAAGAGUUCUGUGGAAGUCUAUGCGUGGGCACCCAAGCCAUAUCACAAAUUUAUGGCCUUUAAGUCAUUUGGAGAUUUGAUGCAUAAGCCAUUACUGGUGGAUCUCACUGUUGAGGAAGGCCAGAGGUUGAAAGUGAUCUAUGGAUCCUGUGCUGGAUUCCAUGCUGUUGAUGUGGAUUCAGGAUCAGUCUAUGACAUUUAUCUACCAACACACGUAAGAAAGAACCCACACUCUAUGAUCCAGUGUAGCAUCAAACCCCACGCAAUCAUAAUCCUCCCCAACACGGAUGGAAUGGAGCUUCUGGUGUGCUAUGAAGACGAAGGGGUUUAUGUGAACACCUAUGGAAGGAUCACCAAGGAUGUGGUUCUGCAGUGGGGAGAGAUGCCAACAUCUGUAGCAUAUAUUCGGUCCAAUCAGACGAUGGGCUGGGGAGAAAAGGCCAUAGAGAUCCGGUCUGUGGAGACCGGCCACUUGGAUGGUGUGUUUAUGCACAAAAGGGCUCAAAGACUGAAAUUCUUAUGUGAACGCAAUGACAAGGUAUUCUUCGCCUCGGUCCGUUCCGGGGGCAGCAGCCAGGUUUACUUCAUGACGCUGGGCAGGACCUCUCUUCUGAGCUGGUAGGAGUGGCAGGCAAGGAUGCCGGCCCCAGAGUCACUGAGAUGCGGACCUGGAAUUCCUGGCAACUGGAGCUUGGAGCCGCCCAGGUCGCAUGGGCGGGGGUCUCCUCUCCCCUCCCGCCCGCUUUUAUCAGUCCAUCCCCAUUCUCUCCUUGUCCUGUUUGAAAUAAAUCAAGGCUGCAACGCAGUUGGUGCUGUUGAGACUCUGCCAUCAGGUGCUAUCAGUGUUGGGAUCGAGCAUCAGGCAGAACGCAAACGCCUUCCCUCCAGCUCCAGAAUAACUUGUCUGUGACUCUGUUCCGGGCUGUCUGCAGGUGGAGACCAGACACGCCGGCGGGUGGUUGGAAGUGGGCACAGUGGGUGGAAAGUGUGCUCGAAUGAGCAGGUCACCGAAGCCAAGAGCAGAUUUAAUAUAGUAACAUUAACAAUGUAUUUAAUUGACAUUUCUUUUUUGUAAUGUGACCAUAUGUGGACAAAGAAGAAGGUGCAGGUUUAAGAAGUUAAUAUUUAUAAAAUGUGAAAGACACAGUUACUAGGGUAACUUUUUUGUGGGUGGGACUUGGGAGGCAGGGUGGGUGGGUUAGGGACCCAUUUGUUUUCUUGGGAUUUUUUUGUUUGUUUGUUUUUUGGCCAAGAACUCAGUCAUUUUCUGUGUACCAGGUUUUGACUAAAUCGUGUGCAAAUGAUUCUUUAAAAAAAGAAAAAAAAGAAAAAAAAAGAAAAAGGAAAGGGCGUGCAUUUGUAUCCUGGCCAGAACCUUGUUGUGUGACAGUAUUAGCGCUGCCUUGGUCAAAGGUUUAAUUUUUGUUUAAACCUAGAAGUGCAACAGCAGUUUCACCACGGUCUGCACUUGUGGAGGGAAAAAAUUUUGUUUUCAACCACGUGUUUAUUUUUUCGCCUACCUCAUUGUUUUUAAUGCAUUAAGAGGUGGUUUAGUUUAUAUGUUUUUGGAGGAAAACAUUAAUGUUUAAUUUAAUCUUAAUACCAAAACUAUCCAAUUGAAGUUUGACUGUUAUUUCGUCACAAGUCUCAGUAGGCACAAGAGAAAUUGUCCCCGAAGAUGGGAAACAGCCACGAGGUUUGCUACGCUGACUGGCACGUCUGCUUUCUGAGUUGAGAGAGCAGAUGGUGCCUUUUCCACCAGAUUCACCAGUAGUGGUGGAUGGGCGGCCGUCGUCCACAGCACAAGGGGCCUCACUGUUCUCAGAUCGGGGUUUGCAGACAGGUGGUCAUAUGGGGACAGCCCCACAAACUGUUAACAGUGUUGCAGGAACCUUUCCUUGGGGCCCUUUUCCUAAAAAUGCAAUGCACUAAAACUAUUUUAAGAAUGUAGUUAAUACUGCUCAUUCAUAAGAUAGCAUCUUCCUGUGUUUGGGGUAUGAUAUCAAAGCCCUGGCUUCUCUUGUUCUCUCCCUUGCUCUCCUGUUCUCUCUCUGUUUUUUAAACCAGUUUUACUUUAUGAAUAUGUUCAUGACAUUUGUAAUAAAUGUCUUGGGUAAUGAUUGGUUUCAUGGCUUCUGAUCAGUCGCUUCCUCUGAGGAUGUUAAUUUUAAUUACUUGGUAAAGGAGCAGCGCUCAGCGCUCUGGCUUUGCCGUCCACCUUUCCUCUUGUUGAGUUCUGAUGGAAAUGUCAUGUCCACCAAACAAGAUUUUGGUGUUUCAUAGGCUUGCUCCUCCUCCUUGGUGGAUUUUCAUUUAUAACAUGUAAGUGGACGCUUCCCUCCCCCAGAUGUAACAGUCACUUGUACCUCUUUGCAGAGGUCUGGUCCGGCAUUCACAUCCCGUUUGGCAUCUGUUUGACUCAUCGUUCUCUUCCUCCUGGGCCAGCAUUUUUGCCAGAGGCUCUCCUUUGAAUUUCAAAAACCUAGUGAAAAGCACAUACACUCACUAAUGCAGAAACAACAGCUGGUCACGUACACCCACCACGACAGGACCUGAUGAGAAAACCCGCCUCUGUGUUGGAAGGAUAAGGCCGAGGAAACGGAUUUCCUGUGUGUGACUUUGGUGUAGUGCUGAUGUCUAAGGCAGAAAGAGCUAGUUCUUUCCUACUAAUUUAUACUGAACAUAGAGAAGAUUGGGGAGUUAAUCCCACUUUGGAAGGGACUUCUGAGACAGGCCAGACUUUGUCACCACAGGACUGCAGUCACCGUCACAUCACUGCUGGCAAUUCCCUAUUCAAUUUGGCUUUUGACCCAGGACAGAAUGUGCCACAGUGAAUAUGUCCACUAAAAGGAGAAAGGACUGCAUGGCGGGGUCACUGGUAGCCCCCUCCCAUGACUUUAGUGAAAGGUAAAAGUUGGGCAGGUGUCUUUGAAAAAAUGCUACACUUCUGAUACCUACAUGGAAGAUAUAAAAAAGGGUGAGGCCUCAUGGUCUGCGUCAUCCACAGACUUGAAGCUUAGUGUCUGUAAGUCAAGGGCUGUGGCACAGACCAUGCAGACAGUGUUUCAUUGGAAUUGCUGAGUACUGAGAACUUGACAAAAACCACAUUUCCUUUAGGGGUGAUGGGCUCCAGGCUCAGGUCAGGGUCGGCCUGUCCUAGUUGGGCAGCACCUGGUGGUGUUGGAGUUGAAUGUGAUUGAGUCCCUCGUUGGUCUUAGCUGACUGAGGUCAGCGGGCCACUGGUCCAUAAAAGAUGGCGAGCUGUCACAGUGUUCCUCUUUUAGAGAAAGGGAUGAUCUUUUUCCUUUAACAGGGUAAUGACUUCACAGAAGUGCCAAGAUGGCAGAAUUAACAGAUGAAAAUAGUGUUACGCUGAUACCGUUAAAUAUGGAACAUUGAAAUCUAUGACAACUCUUCCAAACAAAAUACUAGUAUGAUUCUAGGUUUAGUGAAAGCUUUAAUAAGUGAUACCUUUCCAUGUUUAAAGCAGAGUCUCUCUGUAUCGAGCGCAGUUGUUUUUACUUUUUCUCAUGCACAUGUUGUGUUGAAGAAAAUGUUUACAAAAAAUGGUUUUGUUACACUAAUAUGCAUCACGUAUUUAUGGUUUAUUUUUAAGUGAUUUUUGGUGGGUUAUUUAGGCUUUUGUCUUAGUUGUAGUCCACUUACAGUGAUUCAUAAUCCCUAAUUUUGCCAGUUCUAAAUUUGCUGAACAGUAAUGCAAAUGACAAGCUGCAUUAAAUUUACUAAUCAGAGCUGCAAAGUAGACUGGUGGCAAGUACACACACAGCCUUCUUUUUUUCAGUGCUAACUUGUCUUCUGUGUAUUAUGAAAACUACUGUUGUCCCUCUUCUCCCUUUUUGUCCUUAAAUAAAGUAAACAUGACACCUAUUUCAUGUGGCAUGAGUUUCAAAUAUAUUCUGUUCCUUCAGAAUGUUUCCUUCCUAUAAGGAUCCUCCUUCCCCGGUGCCACCUCUGGCCCGAGCGGGCAGCUCCUGGGUCCUGCCAUCUCCCUAAUUAGCAAUGGCCCAGGGGGUCACCAGGCACAGGUUUUGAAAGCAGCAAACGUUUGUUCAAAGAUUUUAGAAUGAAACUGAUGGGUGAGCUCUUGAUUGCCAUAUUCGUGAAGCCAAAAACAGAGUAAAGCUCAUUCUUAAGGAAGAAAUCAGGUUUUACUUUUGCAAGUCUAAAUUGACUUUAAGAUGUGAAAUGCAUGCUGUCUGUACUGUAGCUAUUUUGAUAACGAAAGGGACCCUUUCUCAAAUUGGCACAUAGACAUGACCUUAGGCCUAGUCACUGGAGCUCCUUCAGUGCAAGGUCAUCAUGGCCUCAGCCGUGGGUGUGCCCCAUCAGGCCCCUCCUAGCCUGGCAGGAACAUUCCUCAUUGGAUAGAUCCCCGGUCACACUGUGGGCGUCAACACCUUGCCCAAGCCCCUGGGGUCGGGGGAGGGGUGGCCACGCCACCUCAUCAGUUACAUGCAUUAGUCAACUAGCUCCUCUGUGCUUUGCACUACAAACAUGUUCUUUCUCUAAGAAAUAAACUCGUAAAUACCUAGGCCACCAAAUAGGCAAGUUUUUUCUCUUCCUGCUUGUUUGUUGCAGCUGGUGUGGGUGACAGGUGGUGGCCCGUCAUUCAUGGUCCCUGUUCCAACUUCCCUUCAUUGGUGGAGAUUUCACUUACAGCGUCAAGUCAGCCCCUGUAAUGAGUGCCAGCCCACUGAUCUGGUGUCACAUUCAAGGGUGUGGUGACAUUGCUGCUUUCUCUGCCAUCUAGGACUUAAUGCCCAGGUUUCAUUUUAGGAGAAGUAGGUGCUGUGUUUUGUAAAGUACAGUGGCUAAGGAAUUAAGUUGGGAACAGUAGCUACUACAUUUUCUUAUGGGAGAUUCUCACACCCGGUCCUCCUUGCCCUUCACUGUAAAGUGAUCAUGUCAUAUCUGCAUUUCAGAAUCUUUCUGGAACUCUCCCAUUUUUGCCUCUGCCUUGCCUAACUUCCCUGUGCUCACAGUUCACCUCAUUUGUCCUCUCUGUAUCCUGAUGGCGACACGGUGUUAUCUUGUUCACUCUGUUCCUGUGUGAAUACAGAGCCUGCAUAUGAGCUGAGAUUGGUUCUAACUGCUCUGCUCCUCAGAAUUUCCUGGUUGUGUGCUUCAGUAGCUUGAAAUAAAAACCCUGAUGUUAACAGCCCUUUGUGCAGUGUGGGGCUGGUGAGGAAGUGCACUGAGUAGCCAGGCCCCAGGGGGGGACUGCGAGCCUCUCCCAUGCUGGGCACGGGCUACCCGGUCCCGGAACAGACUCACCAGUCCCCCGGCUGCGACUUGCCUUCCUGUAAGAACAGCAAGGUUCUUUGAUGCCUAAGUCUCAUCUCCUAGUUUGCUUGGUUACAGGAAAUUGAGUUGAUGAUCCAGCACAAAAUGAUAUAAAACUAUUGUUUUUAUUUUGGGCUGAGUUGUGAAAUUUUGGCAGCAUGCCCCCCAGGGGUCCUGCAGAGAGAUGACAUAGCUACAGCUUGAGCAAAGCAAUGCCGCUUCUUCCUUAAGUGUGUUUGAAAGUCAGGCUUCGUUACAAACCUUAGAAAACCAGUACUAAACAACUUUUCUACAAUAAACGAUAUUAAAUCCUGCCUUGAUUCUUUUAUUAACAGCUUUAUUGAGGUAACCCAUACCAUGCAAUUCACCAUUUAAAGUGCACAGACAGGGACUUCCCUGGUGGUCCAGUGAAGUUAAGACUUCACCUUCCAGUGCAGAGGGUGUGGGUUCCAUCCUGGUCGCGGAGCUCCAGAAAGAUAAAACAGAAGCAAUAUUGUAACAAAUUCAAUAAAGAUUUUUAAAUUGGUCCACAUCAGAAAAAAAAUCUUAAAAGUGUACAAUUUGGUGGCCUUUAGUCCUUCAGAAUGGUGAGCACAUCACCACACCCCAUCUUUAAACACGGUUACCUCCCCAAGAGAGCCUGCACCCCUCUGCCUCUGCCCCUCAGUUCCCUCCCCUCUCGUCCCCCUAAACUGCAUGCAACCCCUUAUCCACUUCCUCUCAAUGUGGACGUGCCUCUCCUAGAUGAUCCAUGUCAGUGGAAUCCUACAGUGGGUGUCCUUUGUCACUGGCCCCUUUGGUUUUGCAGUGUCUGGAGGUUGCUUACACAUCCUGUUUUAGCUUGAGCUUCGCUUCUUUCUCUGUGUCUUUGUUCUUUGUUUCUUUUUAUUGGCAUCCUUUGUUCUUUGUCUUUGCCACAGGUCCCUUCCUUCAGGCUUAGGAACGGAGGACCACCUCACUGACAGCCAAGCUGGGUGGUCCUAGCCCGCAGUGAGAGCUGAGGAGUUAACCUUUCACCCUGAGGGGGAAGCAGCCUGACAGGCUGCCCCAGAGAUGGAUUCCUGCUGAGAUGUGCUUCCACUGUGAGCUCUUAGAAACCCAGUGAUCCCCUCCCCUCCGAGACCUUGAUGCUAAAUGUCAGGCACCUUGCAGGUCAGGUGGUACAGGGUGAUCAUGUUUGGGGGUGGGGGGGGGCAUCCAGAAGUGCAGCUGCCACGUCUGCAGACCCAACACCUACCUGCCCUCGGAGGGCCAGUCUCCAACCCCGGGAAGCUGGGGGCUGGAUCCAGGUCCUCAGGUUGUCCCCCUGGCUCACGUGCUCGCCCCUAGGAAGGGCCAGUUGUGCUGAGCCAGGUCCCUUUCUCAUCCUGAGCAGGUGGGCUCAACUGUCCCAUUUCCAAAGGGCCUUCCCCUGUUGGGGCCUUGUGCUUCUUACUGGCAUUGAGAACACUUCCUUAGUGCUGCCUGUGGAAGGCCACCUAAUUGUCCCUGAACCUGCCCUUCCAGGGUACCUUGUUGAGUAGGUGUGGACGCUCCUGAGCUUCUGGGAACUUGGUGGCAUUUGGGUGAGGCCGACGAGUUGAACUCUGCUGGGCACCUCGUGUCUGGAGGUGCCGUGCUCCUGGGGGAUUUGCAGGGCGCUGUCUACAAGGGCAGCUCUGAAAC